UAAAUGACUUUGGAGCGUUGGAUUUCCAACAACUCUUUUCCAAAUCAUCAUUGCGAGACACGUGUCCUCUUAUUUUACUUUCAAAAAUUGAUUUCACUCUCCAAAAUCUGAAAAACACGUUCUCACUAGUCAUUCUACCACCUUCUUUUUCUGAAAAAUCACAUUAUUCCCUAUCUUUUAAUGGACCCCAUAUUUUCAUUGAAAAUGACAAGACAAUGUCAUCCAACACAUGGCCUAAUCCACACACAAAAGUUAAGUUCCAAGGUGGUACAACCUUUAGGUCACGUCACCAUCACCUUUCCACUUUUCUUCCAACAAUUUUCUAUUCUAUGCAAUCCUCACCCAUCAAUUUAAUGUCAGCAACUCUACCAAAGUUCAUUCCAAUUUUUCCUCUCUCAUCUACCAAAGUUCAUUCCAAUUUUUCCUCUCUCAUCACAAACCAAACAAAAUUCCUUGACAAUCAAAAUCAGAUUCCUCUUACUACCAUCCAGCAUAUGGAAUUAAUGAAUUUAUACCAUAUAUUUUGAAGAGGCAUGAAAUUUUUUUAUAUUUAGUGUUAUUUUAGAACCUUGAGGACAAGGUUCAUGUGAACCCCGCGGCAAUGAUAGAAGGGUAUUAUAUUAGUUAGAUGGGUAAUAAUAGAACUUAUAUUAUUAGUAUAGUUAUUGGGCUUUUAGUAGUGUUUGGGCUUUUAUGUUAUUAUUAUCCAUGAAGAGUCUUAUAUAAUGUAGUCUCAUAGAGACAUUUGGAAUCAAUCAAAGAAAUCAAAUUUAUCUUUUAUCUCUAUUUUCUUAGUUUAUUUUAAUGUCUUUCUCUUUUUAUUGUUGAACCCUAAAUUGAUAGUCUUGGUAGGAUUAGCUUCCUAUCACGCAAUUUUUUUGUAAUGGAAUAUAGAAGAAGUGUUGAUAUCUUGAUCAUGAAUAGGCAUCCAUUAUGGUGGUGACAGUUCUCUAGUCACUAGAGAUGAUUCUUGCAAAAAGAUUAACACUAACACUCAAGUUAAUAUGAGAUUGAGGUGGAACUUUACAAGAAUGGGUUGAAUCAUAUCUGAAUAUGACUCAUAGCCAUCACACUUAUAUAGAACUACAGAAGUGUCAAUUUCGAUCGUAUAUGAAUUGUAUAACGUGAAGCACAUAUGACAGUUGAAUGUCAGUAGGUGAUACCGUUCAACUUAUAAGUUAAAGUCUUAGACUAAUUUUUUAAUUUUUUAUUGAAUAACAGAAUGAAAAUUAAAUAUUUAUAAAAAAUAAAACUUUUUUUUUUAAUUGUUUGUAGAAGAGAAGGUAAAGGUUUACGUAAAAUUUUCGAAUGCCAUUAUCCCAACAGAUCUAUCGAAAGAAGAGAAAAAAAAGGCGCGAUUAACAGAUUGGAGUCACUCUAACUCAACUCGCCGGAGUUGCUCGUGGACACCACGUUUCCUAGACUCCGAUCUACGACGGCGCGGUUGAUGAAAUAGUUAAUUAGGUUCAAAAAGCUUUAGUUAAAGUCAUGUCAGUUCCUGACGAGGAAAAUUUGUCGACACAGUCGCAGAUUUCAUCUCACUUUUUCUGUGAUCUCAUCGAUUCCAUUAUAGUUGAUGUGGCAUCAGAGUGUCAUAGAAUAGCGAAGCUGGGGCUUGAUGCUAAUUUGGAUGAAGAAGAUGAAGAAUUGAAGUUGUCGGCACAAGCCAGGGCUAGAUUGGCUGAUCCUAGUAAUAGUAAUGACACAAAUGGCAAGUAUGUGGUUGACAUAUUCGGACAAACUCAUCCCACCGUAGCAAAUGAAAUAUUCCAAUGCAUGAAUUGUAACCGGUCUAUCGUGGCAGGGAAGUUUGCUCCUCAUUUAGAAAAGUGCAUGGGGAAGGGUAGGAAGGCUCGUGUGAAGGUAACGACGAGCAGCUCCGGAUCAGGCGCACAGAACCAGUAUACACGAGGCAGGAGCGUGAAUCGGUUGGCAAGUGGAAACCCUAGUUUUGCAGGUGACGAGCACUCAAACUCAGCCGUGAACUAGUGUGAGAUGAUCACUGUGUGUAUUUGGAUUUAGUAUUAUUUCUCUAACAUUUUCAACAUAUAAUCUAUGUAUGCUUUUAUCUGUUUAUAAAUAACUAUCAGUUAAAAUAUAUUUUCCGUUGCGUGUUCCAACAUACUCUGUUGAGUGAAAAAGAAGUGCAAUUUCAUCAACGCUGGCAGUGCCAUUUAUGAGUAAAAUAAUGUGAUUAAUGAUGAUAAUGGAUAAAAAUUUCCGUUGAGUGCCAUUAAUGAGUAAAAGAAUGUGAUUAAUGAU